CAUUUAUAUAUAACCAAUCCAAUAUGGGCUGAGGAAACUCAAGAUCGACCAAAACUAAAGAUAAAGAACAAGGCUCAACUAAUCCUAAAGAAUCUGAGAAGGUGAAAGAAGACAGGAAAGUAUCUACGUCCCAAUCAAAAUCCAGGAAGAAGGAAAAUACAUGCAACGAUUCCAAAGCAGAUGAGACCAUAAUGUAUAACCUCGCUCAAGCGGAAGAAGUUAAGCAUAACCUAGUAGAAACUCAUGAUAAUAAAACAACACAUAAUAACCCAACCUCUAACAAGAUCAUCUCCCAGCAAGUCGAGAAGGGGGAUAAGAAACCUAAAAAUGAAGAUAUUAACGAAGAUUUAGGAACUGAGCAGGUACAGAUGACUCCUGAGAAAAGUUCCAUCCCUGAAAUGGUAAAACCAGUCAAGAAAAAGGAAAUCCCUUCUGUAGCUCCAGUUCUGGGUCAAAGUAAUAAGACUAAGGAUAGGAUUCUCCCAUUUGAUGAUAAUAUGUUCCCUCCGAGUUCGAAGAUAAAGUUGCCUCCUUUGGAUCCGAGGAAGCUACCUCCAAUAGAGAAUAAGCCUAAAGCCCCAACCAAUAUUGGACUUCCCAAGAAUGAUCCUCUUGAGAAGAUAAAGCCAGUGCUGGAAAAUAUUAUUAAAGAUAACCCAGUACCAGUGCUCAAAGCAGAUCCUUUGGAGAAUAUCUCCAGGAUAAAGCAACCAAUAGGAACCGAUAGCAGCUUGGGGCUCUCAGAAGGGGCCAUGCUUGAGGCUCAAGACUAUGUCUCUGACAUGUUCAGUAAGACCAAGCAGGCUGAGAAAUCCAAGAAUGUUCCUUUCAAGUAUCAACAAUCCGAUGGAGGAGAUCUGAACUCUUUGGAGACCAAAGAAAUAACUGGUAUCAAAAGCACAAGCGGUAAUAACCCAGGGUCUUCCUUCAUGACUGAGAAGAUCAAAGGCUUCCAGAUGCCAUCAGAGACUGAGAGCGAUGGCAAUAAUAUUGGCAGAAGAGCAUCCCAGAUUGAUAAUGAAGUGUCAGAAAGAAUGGAGAACACUCAAGAGCAUUUUUAUAAAGCUGAAGAAGAAAAAGAAAAAUAUAAAAUAAAUCAUCAUAUUAAUGCCACUCAGGGAGGUGGCUUAGACAAAUCAAAUCCCCCUGGAGUGCUUGAUCAUGAGACCACUCCGAAAUAUAUCGCAAAUGAACGGUUAUCUACUGUUACCAUUUCUGAAGGAAAUAUCGAAGUUGCUAAAGAUUAUGUCACUUGACUUAUGUCUAAUGUAAAACUAAGUGAAACUCCACAAAAGGAAUCAAGUAAACUCCCUGCAGGAGAACAUGCUGACCAGGAUUGUAAAAGCCAGAACACCAAACAGCCAGUAAAUUGCAGCAUUGAAUCAAUUGAGACUCUUCAUAAAUACGGUGAUUUUAAAGAAAAGAGGGAUAGUGAUACCAUAGUGAGGAAAGAGAUAGCCCAUAGUUAUGUUUCCAACCUGCUUGACUUCUAGCUGACUUAUUCUUACAGGCUAUUUCUGCCAUUAAAUUAUAAUUUUCCAAGUGCA